CGGAGAAACCGAAGCGGUGGAUUCAAGUGUUUCACCGGGUUCCCUGUGGAUGUGAGCCACUCAGUUUCUGCAGACUGCAGGGAUGGGCCGUAGUCUGGAUGGCUGACAAGACGGGGACCCAUCACGUGACAAGAUGCUGGCUCGUAACCGCUUCCUCCUCCUGGUGGUGGUGGGCGGGGCGGCGCUAGCCAUCAUCAGUCUCAGCCUCCAGUUCUUGAACCUGAUCCCCACCACUCCCGUAGUGGAUGAGCGACCGUUCCAGGGUGCAGAUGGAGGUGUCGGGGCGGCUCAGGGGAAGAGCAGAAAGCGAGUGUUCCCGGCUCACACCCAGCAGCCCAACCCCAUAUCUGAAGCCUACAACUACUGCAACACCCCCAAUCACACCGAACAAGCAUGGGAGGGUCACAGUCCAGCCGACUACAAGCUGCUGUCUGUGCAGGUGAUGAUUCGCCAUGGAGACCGCUACCCACUCUACUCCAUCCCCAAGACCAAACGGCCCGCCAUCGACUGCACCCUUUCUGUUAGCAGACAGCCUUCCCACUCCCUGCUGAACUCCUUUAUCAGUCACAUGGGUCAGGGAGGACGUGGCCACUGGGAGUCCCCUUUGAGCUCUGUUCCCCGCUUGCCCAACCACAGUGCCUGUGAGAUGGGAGAGCUCACACAGACAGGUGUGGUGCAGCACCUGCGCAAUGGGCAGCUACUCCACCAAGCCUACAAGCACCACAAUCUCCUCCCUUCCAAUUGGUCUCCCCGUCAGGUGUGGGUGGAGACCACAGGUAAGAGCCGCACUCUUCAGAGUGGACUGUCCUUCUUUUAUGGUUUCCUCACAGACUUUGAUUGGACGAAGCUGACCGUGCAUCAUCAGUGGAGCACGUUGUUUUGUGGUUCGGCCUGCGACUGCCCCGCCAGAAACAGAUUCCUGGAGGAGGAGCAGAGGAGGCAGUAUCGGCUCAGAGUGGCCGAUACAGAACUGGAGAGGACUUACGCCGAUAUGGCGCGCACUUUGGGUCUGCCCACCCGCCAGCUCAGAGCUGCAAACCCCAUUGACUCUCUGCUGUGCCACCUGUGCCACAGCCUUUCUUUCCCGUGUGCUCCCAUGGCAGAUACUGGUAGCGGCGGGUGCCUGACAAUGGCACAGUUUGCCGUAAUUCGUCAACAGCAGCUAGAUGACGAAGUAGAUCGGAGAAGGGCAGGACUGUACCAUAAAUACGCCAUUCUGGCUAUGUACCCUUACCUCAAUCGAACAGCCACCAAGAUGGAGAGAGUCGCCAAGGGCAAUGAGGCUGGCCGGCAGCCACGAGCAGGAGGUGAAGAGGUGUUCUCCCUCUCCUCAGCUCAUGACGUCACAAUGGCCCCCUUGCUGAGCGCCUUGGGGCUGGAGGAGGCCAGGUUCCCACGUUUUGCAGCAAGAGUCGUCUUUGAACUAUGGAAGAGUCCCCCAAUGACUCAAGGACAAUCCAAGAAGAAAGCUAGCAAAGCUGAGAAGUCAAAGGCAAAAAAUGGGGAACUGUUUAUUAGGGUGUUGUACAACGGUGAGGAUGUGACAUUUCACACCACCUUCUGUCGCUCCCACGACCGCCAUGCCAACCAGCCACUGUGUCCUCUGAAGAACUUCCUGUCUUUUGUCAGGAGAGACAUGUUCAGGGUUGUCAACGCUACUUCCUACCAGGAGGCCUGCUACAGACGCCCUGGUUGACAGAUGGAGAGGAGGGUGACUAAGUAAGGAUGCAGCAUUAAGAGCUGACAGAUGGUUGUGUUUUUACUUGUUUUUUUUAAGUUGUUUUCCACUUUUAAAGAUGGUGCACUUUUAUGCUGCUCAUAGUGUCUUAAAACUCCUCAUCUUUUAAAAAAAAAAAGUAGUUUUUAACAUUCCUGAGCACAAACUGAAUGGAAAACACAAACGGUACAUCAUAUCAUGGUCAUAUGGUCUCAAACCUCAUAACAGCUUCAAAAAUUCUGUUGUGAUUAUGGUAUGUUUUCUCAAACACCUUUUUAAGGUAUAAGUAAUUCAAGGGAAGUUGUAUGGCACUUAGCCACUUUAUUCCUACAUUCUAUGAUACCAUGGAAUAUUAAAACCCCAUUUUCCUCAAAUGCCUCCUAGAAAAGGGAAUAUUGAAGGUGAAAAUGCUGUGCUGGAUUAAUUAACUUUUCAAUGAAAAAUACACUUUGGGCUAGUUUGGGCCAUAUUAUUCAAUAUAACUAAUUUGUCACUUAGCAUUUAUUUUGGUAUGAAUGUUUAUCCAUUGCUGUAGCUCUGUCAAAUGUAUUUAUCUUUUUCUUUUCCCUUCACUUUCUCAAAAUUGAAUGCAGUACUUUGUCAGUGACAGCUGAUAUGAUUUUAGUUUUUUUUUUUUUUUUUUUAAAUAUUACCGUUAAUUUUUCUUUUCCUUUUCAAGGGAACAAUGUAACAAUGUCGUUGGACCAUUCCACCACAGUAUAUGAGGCAGUAUCAGUUUGUGAUAUAACCAAUCACGUUCCACUUUUUUGUUUUCGUUUUUGCUUGAAGAAUACUGAAUCUGCUAGAGGUUCAUUCUGAACAGACCUUUAUACUAUA